GUCUCACUUCAGGUCCUGAGAGAUGGUGUUGCCGAGGAAUCUGAAUGACUCCACUGUCAUUACAGUGCUGUCCAUGAUGUUCCUCGCCAUUUGCUUCCUCGUAGCGCCCAUCGGCUCCACCAUGGCCGCGAUGCCCACGGCGCCAGCGAUGCUCACGGCGACCCCGAUGCCCGGUUCGUCCACCCACGUGCCCUCGGACCGCUGUGAUGUACGGCAAGCGGCCUGGUUUGCCGUAGCCGUGUACAAUAAGCAGGCGUCCCAGGAGGAUUAUGCCUACAGGCUCACGUCUAUAGUAUCCGCGGAAACUCAGGUUGUGGCGGGUCUGAACUACAUCUUGACCGCCGAGCUGGGCAUGACUUGGUGCCUGAGAGCGCAGGCGACGGACGCGGAAACCUGCCCUUUGCAAGUCAACAGGAAGGGGCUGCUGUGUCGCUUUACCGUGUACACGAUUCCCUGGGAACGCAAAGCUGUGCUGACGAAGAACAGAUGCAUCGAAAAACCCUUUCCAAUACGCUGCUAUCGCCGAUCCCUCGCACAAGGGACCCGCUGAGUUUUGCGCCCAUUUUGUUUCUGCUCCCGUGUCUUUCGUAUGAACCCGGACAACCUUCCUGUGAAUGUUGUACUUGCUGAAAUAAAGUGUCUGGCGUAAUGCAA